UGCAAUUCUGAUCAUGUUCUUCUGUUUAAUUGCAAUAUAUAUCUGUCAUGAUCUCAUUCCCUAAAAAUUCUGAAAGCUUCUCUCAAGGUUUACAUGAAGAUUUUCUAAAGAUUGCCACUUUGCUUAGCUAGAUUGCUCUUUUGCUGCAUAAAUCGAGUCAAUAGGCACCCAUUUACAUGGCACAAUUACCACCCAAAGUUCCAUCCAUGGCCCAUAAUUGGCAUUCAUUUUCUCUCCAAAUGAUGCCAAUGCCAUCCACCGCCGCCGCCACCACCCAACAGCAUUCUUGGGUUGAUGAAUUCCUGGACUUCUCGGCGGCGAGGAGGAAUUCUCACCGGAGGUCGGUGAGUGACCCCAUUUCAUUCAUUGAAUCCCCAUUUGGUGAAGAAUGCAACAAUUCUAAUGGCACAUUGAUGCAAAUGCAAUGCACCAACAAUGGGUUUGAACGUUUGGAUGAUGAGCAGCUCCGGUGUAUGUUUUCCGAAGAUGUAGCGCCGUCGAGUACUAAUCCAUCAACGCCGUCCGAUCUAAAUAGCGAUGUUGAUGAGAAGCCAACGCCACCAGAGAACCACCAACAUCAACCGAAGAAUGAACCCGGAGAGGUGGUGGACAGUUCAUGCAAAUCCGAAACUCAACAACCCAACAAGCCUUCUGCUAACUUUUCUGGCGACACCAUCGUGGAUCCCAAGAGGGUCAAGAGAAUUUUGGCAAAUCGACAAUCAGCUCAAAGGUCACGAGUGAGGAAGCUGCAAUAUAUAUCAGAGCUUGAACGGAGCGUCUCAACUUUACAAACAGAAGUGUCGGCAUUGUCACCGAGGGUUGCAUUUCUCGACCAUCAACGGUUGAUUCUCAACGUUGACAAUAGCGCUCUUAAGCAACGGAUAGCAGCACUGGCUCAAGAUAAGAUUUUCAAAGAUGCUCAUCAAGAAGCAUUGAAGAAGGAGAUAGAGAGGCUAAGACAAAUAUAUCAUGAACAGAACACGAAGAAGAUGGAUAACAAUGCCGCCAGUGCACCACCACCUCCUUCACCGCCACCAACCUUCAACAAAAUGGGUUGUACGGACGAGGAGUAGCUCGUCAAUGUGUGUGUGUGUAUGGGGAGAGGGGGGGAUAGGGGGGAGUGAGAGGCUGUGGU